AUGCCUUCGACCACGCCUCCUAUCGGGGAAUCCACCACCUACUCCAGCGGACCCCAUGAUUCACCACCGAGCGUGCGACUUCUACACUACAACGAUGUCUACCACAUAGAAGCUGCGUCCGCGGAACCUGUCGGCGGACUUGCGCGUUUCCAAACACUCUGCAACUUCUAUCGCAGCGAUGAGAGGUUCAAGAGCCAACCGGACCUUAUCACGCUCUUCUCCGGAGAUGCUUUCAACCCUAGCUUGGAGAGCAGUGUGACCAAGGGUAGUCACAUGGUCCCGGCCCUUAACGGAAUAGGUACCGAUGUUGCAUGUGUCGGUAACCAUGACCUCGAUUUUGGUAUUCUCCAAUACCGCUAUCUGACUGGCCAAUGCAACUUCCCCUGGCUGCUAGCUAACGUCCUCGACCUGGACCUCGGCGAAAAUGAAUCACUUGGGAAUGCCCAGAAGACUGUGAUCCUCACCACUUCCAACGGCAUCAAAAUUGGCGUCAUUGGGUUAGCGGAAAGAGAAUGGUUGGACACAAUCAAUUCGCUUCCACCGAACCUGGUAUACAAGUCCGCGUCAGCCACUGCAAAGGAACUGAUUCCGGGCUUGAAGGAGCAGGGAUGUGAGUUAAUUGUGGCUCUGACGCACCAGCGUGAACCCAACGACAACAAGCUGGCUGAAUGCACGGAUGGUCUGAUUGACAUAAUCCUUGGUGGCCAUGACCAUUACUAUGGACACAGCCUAAUCAACGGCACGCAUAUCCUCCGAUCCGGCACGGACUUCAAGAAUCUCAGCUACAUUGAAGCCUGGAAAAGGGAUGAUGGAAGCGGCAAGUGGGAUCUCAACAUCACCCGCCGCGAUGUCAUAUCAGAGAUACCGGAAGACCCCCCCACUGUAAAACUCGUGGAUAGCCUGACUACGAAGCUUAAGGCCAAGCUGGAAAAACCGAUAGGGUAUACGGCCGCCCCUCUCGACGCGCGAUUCACUACUGUGCGGCUCAGAGAAUCAAACCUGGGCAACUUUGUCUGUGACUUGAUGCGAUUCCAUUACCAGGGUGAUUGUUGUAUCAUGGCAUCCGGGACCAUCAGAGGAGACCAAAUUUACCCCCCCGGCGUGUUGAGGCUGAAAGAUGUCAUGAAUUGCUUUCCGUUUGAGGAUCCAAUCGUGGUGAUCAAAGUCAAAGGUCGUGCAAUCAUAGGAGCACUGGAGAACUCCGUCUCUAAAUACCCAGCCCUUGAAGGGCGCUUCCCUCAAGUCUCGAACAUUGAAUUCGAGUUUGACCCGCAGCGGCCUGAAGGCGAACGUGUCACCUACGCCAAAAUAGGUGGUCAGCCCUUUGAUGAUGAGAAAGAAUAUGUGCUCGUCACUAGAGGCUAUAUGGCACGUGGAAAAGACGGCUAUGAUAGCCUUCUAGUUGAGGCAGAGGGCGGAACAGCGAAAGAGAUCGUAUCGGAGGAGAACGGAAUUCUUAUCUCCAUGAUGCUCCGCCAGUAUUUCAUGUCCCUCAAGGUCCUCGGACGCUGGAAGCAGUGGGGGCCGAGUCUGGGACGUCACUGGGGUGAGGUGCAGGAAGAACUAGAGGUCAAGCAUCCACACAUAGCUCCGAGAGCACCGGGAGCCAAAGUUGUUGAGGCAUUCAGAAGGGCGGCUGCCGCAGACAACAACACUUUGUCGCCUCCGUCUCAUGCCAGCGGCAGGACCACACCUCACGGCUCGCGACCUGAAGGGGCAGAGACGCCUUUGAAUGAGUCUGAAUCUGAAGACGAUGAGGCAGACCUGAAGCCUACCAACAUGGCCGUUCGUCAGCGCGAGAGGGAGCUGGUCAUCAUGAGGAAAGUCAUGAGGAAGUGGUGGCGCUUGACUGGCUUGCAAGGUCACCCGAAGCUGUGUGAUGAGCUUGGAGAGGGAGAAUUUAUGAUAAACUGGACUAAGGCUAUUGCUCCCAGACUGGAAGGAAGAAUCAAGAUGGUGACUGCAGUUGCCGAAUGA